UUUGCAUUUUGUGCCUGUGGUGCUAAAAUAGAUGAAGUGGUCGACGGUAGAUGAAUUUAAAAACAUUUUUAUCGGGUGAAAGUUCAUCCUAGCGAAAGUGUCGAGAAUGUAAUCUAGCGUCAGUUCAAAUCCGAGCAGAUAAGAGGAGGUGACUUAUUAGGCUGUUAAGAGGACAUAAAUUGAAGUGACUCGCAUGAUCUUAAGGAAUGAAUUGACUUUAUACAAAGGACCGAUCAUGGUUAGGUUAUAAAUUUCGGCGGUGUCAAGAAUAGGGCCUUUCGGAACUCCGUCUAGUGUCAUAAAUAAAAGCUGACUGAUUGUUUUGAGUUUGUGGAAUUUUGACCUGAGUUCCGGUAGAUCGGCGUUCCAUUUGUGGGAAAAGAAUCAGGAGCGCACCGAUGAGUUUCAGUAAACGACAAUAAUUAUCGAGAAAACGUAGUUAGUUUGAUUUCGUUCAUACAGAACCGACAGUUGAGUGUCUGAGAUGGGAGAGUUGGGAGCAAGACUCAACAUCUACCAGAGGUUCACUUAUGGAGUUGUGACCACGACUGAGAAAUUUUUUUACAAUUUGGGACUUAAAGUCGGAGCAAAACCAAUUGAGACAAUAGCGAUUUGUUGGGUUUUGGUCAUAGCAUGCUCUCUGGGAGGGCUCAGAUUCUACCAAGAAAAAAACCCAAUGAAACUUUGGGUUCCACCUGACAGCCAGUUCGCCAAAGAUUCAGAAUGGCUAAUGAAAACACUAGAGUUAGGUUUUAGACAAGAAUUAAUCAUACUGACGGCACCCAACGUCCUAGUACCUGAAGUUAUCAAUGAGCUCUUAGAGAUACAUGAAAGAGUUGGAAAAAUCAAAACACCCGGAAACAUAACAUGGGACGAUAUAUGCUUCAAGAUUCCAAAAGUCGACAAGGCAAUGGCAAAGAUGUUGGCCAGGGAAACGGAAAAUGGCAGUCAGGAUCUGACAGCGACUAUGGACAUAACUAUGUUGUGUUCAUUCCUGGAAGCCAUACCACUGGGCUGCUUCCAACAGAGCCUACUCGAAUUGUGGAAUUACAACAGGAACGAAAUACAGAAGCUUACCACCGAAUCUAUCAUACAUAGGAUCAACAACCACCAAGAAAUGUUGUAUAUGGGACAUCUCAAAAACUACACAGGACUCCUUAGUGGUAUUCAGAAAAACGAGACUGGUCAUAUAAUUGCAGCAAGUGCCUUACAGAAUAUAUGGAUGACGAAGGUGAAUUUUUCUGCCGUUGACAUGGACAAAGUUGGGAAUAUUGCUGGUACAGCUGACUGGGCUUCUGAAGAAUCCUUAGAAUGGGAAUUGGAGUACGAAAACGUGAUCAAAGAAUCGUCAAAAAACCUUUCUGAUGAAAUGAAAUUGUACUAUAUUUCAGGAAGAACGUUUGGUGAUGUUACUAGCAAAUCCAUGUUUCAAGAUAUGGAUAAGAUCCUCAUUGGUGGUUUCAUAAUGGCAAUAUACGUAGUUUUCGUAAUCUCAAAGUUCAACAUGAUUGAAAUGAGGGUAGGUUUGGCUGGGGUUGGUCUACUAAGUGUAGGGAUGUCUUUCAUAGUAGGCUGUGGACUCUGUUUCUUGAUUGGUAUACCAUAUGGCCCCGUGCACACCUCUCUCCCAUUUCUAUUGAUGGGUUUAGGUGUCGACGAUAUGUUUGUUAUCAUGGCGUGCUUCGAUGAACUCAGUGAAGAUCAGAAGAAACUGCCCAUUCCUGACGUACUGGGGUUGAUGUUGAAACACGCUGGCGUGUCCAUUACCAUCACUUCCGUAACUGAUAUCAUUGCUUUCUUGAUUGGAUCUUCAACUGUGAUCCCCAAUUUGCAGUCCUACUGUAUUUAUGCCGCUGUUUGCGUCCUGAUGACCUUCGUAUUUGCCGUAACUUUCUUUUGUGCUGGCUUUGCGCUGGAUCAGAAGAGAAUUGCUGCAGGUAAAAACGGAAUUAUACCUUGUAUAACACACGAGAAGUACAAACCCAACGAAUGUAGCAGAAAACAAAUUUCAAACAGAGUUUUCCACUUUAUAUUCGACCGAAUACUAUUAUGGACCCCAGUUAAGGUGGCUGUGAUAUUGCUGACUACAUGCCUAGCAGUAAUAAGCAUAAAUAAUUGCUUCAAAUUGGAACAGAGGUUCGAUCCCCACUGGUUUGUGCCUAAGACCUCUGAACUACACACUUAUUUUCAAAAGAGGGCUGAAUUAUACCCGAAUUACGGAUUUGAGGGUGGUGUUUAUAUGGGCGCAAUCAACUACACUCAUGAAAUACCGAAAAUAAGGGAAAUUGUGGAGAAUAUGAGAUUGAAAUCAGAUGUGAUUGCUGGAGUUUCAGAUUGGCUAACACCUUUCAGGGAUUUUGUGAAGAGGACUUAUGUCACAGAUAUAUAUGAAGAACCCAUAGACGAAGUCCAUUUCAAUCUGUACUUAUCGAAGUUUUUAAUAAACCCCCAAUACGCCAAAUACCAAUCGAAUUUUCAAUUUGAAACACCCCUAGAAUGUGGGAUUCCAGCUCCAAAAAUAAAGAUGGCUUAUAUAGCCUUCAACUUUCCAACGUUUGAGGGCCCUUCAGAGUACCUUCCAGCUAUGCACAAAGUUAGAGAGAUAGCUGAGAGUGCCAAUUUUACAACUGGCGAUAGAUUUUGCACCACAUGGUCGGUUGUAUUUGCUACGUGGGUGACUGAUGAGGUGAUAGAUAUCGAAGUUUUGAGGAAUCUUCAACUAGCGCUGCUCUCAGUUAUGAUCUGUACGCUAUUACUGGUGGCAGAUAUCCAAACGUGCUUUUGGAUAUUUAUCUGUGUCCUACUGUCAAUGGUCAAUGUUUGCGGGUUUAUGCAGAUGUGGGGGUUGACGAUAGACCUUGUAUCUUGCAUUGGCCUCGAGCUAGCCAUUGGUCUUUGCGUAGAUUACGCCACGCACAUAGGACACACCUUCUUGACUGUUAAUGGUUCAAGAAGAGAGAGAGCAGUCAGAACCAUGACCAGUAUAGGGAGCGCUGUUGUGUAUGGAGGGCUUUCCACACUUAUUGGAGUACUGAUGCUCAGUUUUUCGGAUGCCUACAUAUUCCAGGCCUUCUUUAAGAUAUUUUUCCUUGUGAUAAGUUUCGGACUUUAUCACGGAGUCAUUGUGAUGCCAGUCAUACUUAGCAUAGUCGGACCUCAACCUUACUCCAAUCUACACAAAAAGAAGCACCAAGUCGCAAUGGAAGAAAUGAAAUGCAUGAAGCCAAAUACGAGGGAAAAUACUGAAAAUGAUAGUUGAUUGAUCGAAUCUGUGAUCAUGGCUGAGCCAUCACUGAAUGUGAUAAUAUUUUUUACUUAGAAUUAGAUUCAUAUCAAGAGAUUAUAAGAGCAACUCUACACAACAGAGUAAAAGCACAAAAUUGAUAUUCUCUUUAUAGAUCAUAUUUCAAUUUCACACGAGAAAGUAAAUGAAACUGUACUUAUUCUUAAAGAAUUACUUUUUGAUUAUUGAAGAUUUACCUUUCUCAUUAAUCUUUUUCGUUUAAAUCCAAGCAAUCCCUACAGAAUAUUUAAUUCCACUUUUGUUACCAAUAAAAAUGGGAAAUUGUCCCUAUUUUGACUGAUUUUGUCAUACUUCAUUAGGCAGUACUUCAAAUGAUUAUUUAUCAUGGAAUCUUAUGCCACUAUCCUGCCUCUGAUUGAAAACUACUUAAUUACUCCUCAACAAUUUGGUAGAUCAGAUUACAUCCCUUAAUUAGUUGAUUGUUGAUCUAUUGUACUCAAUUUGUUCAUGAGAAUAUGAAGAUGUGAAAUACUUGCAUAUUUUUUGUAUAAAGAAUCAUAAACAAAACAUUUGGUCAUGUUUUUAAUCUUUAUUAGCUUUUAAAUGAAAAUUAAAAAUUUCUCAUAUUGGUUUUUUUUGGGCCAACAGCUGGAGUAAUAAAACAAUGUUAUAUCUAUUAAGUUUCAUACCUGAAAAAUGUUAAUCUCUCAUGAAGUGAGUAUCAUGAACACUGUAACUUAAGCAAUAAAAAUUUCUUAGUUUUCA